UUGGGCUUCGGGUUACAAAAACAAAGUGUCAGAGUGCCCGACAGAUUAUGAAACAUAUUAUCAGUGAUGAAUAUGCUGAGCAGUUUACAAGAAUGUAUGACUAUGUUGAGGAGCUGAGGAAAACCAAUCCUGGAUCUACGGUGAUCUUAGGUACGAAAGAUAGAGUUUUUGAGAAGUUCUACACAUGUUUUGCGUCUCAGAAAAAUGGCUGGAAGAGUGCAUGCCGUAGUGUUAUCCAUUUGGAUGGUACUUUCCUCAAAGGCCGAAUGAAAGGGAUACUAUUGACUGCUGUGGGAAGAGACCCAAAUGAUGCAAUGUAUAUCAUUGGAUGGGCUAUUGUACCAGUGGAAAAUAAAGUCUAUUGGGAAUGGUUUAUGGAUCUGUUGCGUGAAGACUUGGGUUUGGAAGAUGGUAAUGGCCUUGCUCUCUCUUCAGAUCAGCAAAAGGGACUGAUUUAUGCAAUCAAAAACGUGUUGCCCUACGCAGAGCAUAGGAUGUGUGCAAGACACAUAUUUGCCAAUUUGCAGAAAAGAUACAAGCAAAUGGGACCUUUGCAUAAAGUGUUUUGGAAGUGUGCACGGGCAUAUAACGAACAAGUGUUUACAAAACAGCUUGAGAAGAUAAAAAGCAUUAAACUUGAGGCUUAUGAGGAAUUGAAGAAGACUGUCAGUUCAAACUGGUCUCGGGCUUUUUUUAGUGACAUAACAAAGUCUGCGUCUGUUGAAAACAACAUCAGUGAAAGCUAUAAUGCUGUCCUAAAAAACGCUCGUGAGAAACCGAUUGUUGGCUUGCUUGAAGACAUAAGACGCCAUAUAAUGGCAAAUAACUUGGUUAAGCUUAAAGAGAUGGAGAACGUAACAACCCGUGUCACACCCAAGGCGUUGGCAACAAUAGAGAAGCGGAAAAAGAGUUUGAAGUGGUGUCAGCCAUUGUCAAAUGGAAGAGGAAUUUACGAGGUGGAUCAUGGGAAAAACAAGUACGUGGUGCAUGUCCGAGAUAAGACGAGUUGCUCUUGCAGGGAGUACGAUGUGAGUGGUAUUCCGUGUUGUCACAUUAUGUGUGCAUUGUUUGCUGAGUAUAAGGAGACAAAGCUUCCAGAGUCGGUAGUUUUAGAUUGGUUUUCGGUGGAGAAAUGGAAGCUUUGUUACAGCUCUCUUCUAUUUCCUGUGAACGGUAUGGAGCUAUGGGAAACUCACAGUGACGUUGUAGUCAUGCCUCCACCAGACAGGAUCAUGCCAGGAAGACCUAAGAACAAUGACCGUGUGAGAGACCCAUCCGAGGCAGCUUCUCAGCCUUCCCAGCCUUCUCAGCCUUCUCAAAAAGCUAUAGUGACAUGUAGCAACUGCUUACAAACGGGUCAUAACAUACGGACAUGCCAACAAGAGCUUGUGCCUAAACCACCAAAGCCAGCUCCACUCUUUCCCUCCUUUCAUGCGAAAACUGUCAUGACAUGUAGCAACUGUCUACAAACCGGACACAACAAGCGUAAAUGUACACUCGAGCCGGUGCCUAAGCCCACCAAUCAACCCCGUGGAAGACCAUGGAAGAAACAAAAGACCAUUGAAGACACAAACCUGGAGUAGUGUUUCAUUUGGUGUAGUAGUGUUGUUAUGGUGAAUGAUACUGCUUUUUCAGUGUUGUUAUGGUUAUUUUAGACAAAACUUUAAACUUAAUAAUGAAUGAAGCUUAUGGUCCUGUUAGAAACCUUCGAAUUCAUACAAAGACUAACUCAAACAUAAACAAUAUAGCAUACAAAGACACCUUAGAAACUGAUUCAUACUGAAUACAAACAACCCAUCCUACAUAGACAACUCAAACAUGAGUUCUUAUUAACCGAACAAACAACCCAUCCCUCAGACGACACCACAGAACCAAGAAAACUCAAAUUUUUAAAGCUUAGUUCUAAUAACCUCAAUCAAUUCUAUAACCUCUCUCAUAUCAUUCUUCAGAUCAACAAUUUCUUGCUUUAUCUCUGCCAAAUCGUUUAUCAUUGCCUCUUGUUUGCUAGCCAAAACACCAAAUUCUUCAAGCUGAGCUUCAUCAACCCAUUUAAAUAGGUGGUUUGGACCAGAAAUUGCUCCACAACGAUAGAAUUUCCUUCCUGGAUUGCGACUUGUUGUUGAUGUUAACACAAUGCUCAAUGCUCCACACUGGCAGUUUCUGGGUAUUCCUGGUGCCAUCUCCAUCGAUGCUCACACUCUUCACCCUGUAAAGACAAAGCCGAAACACAAUUAUUCGACUUCGACUUAGGCGAAUUCUAUCUUCCUACUAUAAUAAAUAUUGAAAAUCAUUCAGACUUACCUAAAGCCCACUCGAUUUUUUACCAAACAAAUGAACCCUAAUCUUUCGAUUUGGGAUUUUGAGCUUCGUGUUUUCUCCUUGUCGUUUAGAAGAGAAAAAAACGUGUUGUUUAUUUGCUUUAAUGAAACGCUGAGUCUGGGUAAACGGUUCCCGUCUACUGAUAUCUUCUCAAUUUGCAUUGUUUUAACCAUUCAUUUUUGCACAUGUUGAUCAUUUAGGAUAGCAUUUAGAUAUGUUUAGGUUGCAUUGCAUUACAUAUGUCCUUAUCAGGUGAUGGAGAUUUCACAUGGUGACUUUGGAGUAUCUAGAGAUGAUUUGGAGGCAAAAUUGGUGAUUCUCGGAGAAGAGACGCAGAGGUAAACUGUCCCAGCGGCCUUGUGACGUCCCAGCGGCCUUUAGCCCCUCAAGAAGCCGCUGCAAGCGUUGAGAAACGGAGACCAAGUGUGAGAGCGGCCUAACGCAGCGGUUAACCGAAGCCGCUGUGAAAAUAGAUCAUCCCCUGCCGCGUUCGUACUUGUCGCAGCGGUGUACCGAAGCCGCUGGAGACGCGCGAGAGAUGAAGACUCAAGAAAUGGAGACCAAGUGCGGGAGCGGCCUGACGCAGCGGUGUGACGAGACCGCUGGGAAAAUACCCCGUUCCCUGCCGCGUUCGUACUUGUCGCAGCGGUGUGAUGACGAAGCAAGGAAGCCGCUGCGAGUGUCCCAGCGGCUAGGCGGAGCGGUUUCACGUGGCCGCUGCGAGUCAAGAAAGUCAACAUUUUCCGGGUUUGACCAGAUAAUUACCAAUUUGUGUUUUGGUUAACCCAGGUUUGUUGGGUUAAACCAGGUUCGACUUUAAGCUACUAUAAAGGUCCUUCAGACCUAAUUGUAGGAUCUUAUCUUGUUUUCUAUCUAAUCACAAAAGAACUUUUAGGUGAAAGAUCCUAUCUUGAUCAUUUUUCUCUUGUGAUUGCUUGAUUAUCUUGAUCACUAAUCAUGAUUAGCACCAAAUCAUCUUUGAUUCUUGGGCUCAUCAUGGAAAGUAGUGAGUAGUCAUCUUUGGAUUCAUGGGUUAGGGAGAUUAAGGGUGAUUAAGCUAGAUCUAAGGUGUUUAGGUGUAGAUCAAUCUUAUUCCUUGCUAGUAGAGGGCUUUUAAUGCAACUUUAGAGUUGGCCUCUCUAAAGUUGAGCUCUAGGCAUUUCAUACCCGGAAGGUGUUUGAUGAAAUGCCUGAACCAACUCUCCUAAGCUUUUAACAUCCUUUACCAAAGGGAUUUGUUGUUAAAGGUGUUAAGAUGGCUAGUAGACUUGAGAUUAAUGAUUACCUAGAUAACAUUCAACCAAAGGGAUUUGAUGCUUGAGUUAUCUAGGUAAAUGAGCAUUCAUCUAGGGAUAGAGUUUGCUUAGGAUUGUGUCUAGGCCUAAGGUAGAUAUAGAUUGGUUCAAAGUUGACACCUUUAGGUUGAAUCUUGAUCACCCAAGAUCAAAUCCCAUAGCCCAUGAGUUCUCCCUUCUUAUAAGAAAGAAAGCUUUGUCCUUUAUUGCAUUUUAGGUAGUAAUCUAGUUUAAAAACAUCUCAAAAACUGGUAGCACUUAGAUUAAGCAUGGUCUUGCAUUCCCUUUGCUUUAGAAUCACUUAGAACUGGUUUGACAUCCUUUAUACUACAACAUUUGAUUAGGAGCCUUGAAACUCCUAUCAUCAUCUACAAAUAACGGCACUGUUCACGGAGGGUAACAAAAUCUAACAGAAUAUUACUUCAGGGUUUAAAUCACAAGAUAAAUACUUGGGGGGAUUAUUUACGAAACAUCUUUACUUGGGGGUUUUAAUUACUAAAAACCCUAUGGAAUAUAAUAUAGGAAUUGUAUAGAUUAGAGCGUGUAGUUAAUAUAUGUAAUGUUGCCCAAGUUAUUCUUUAAUCUGUUUAUUGGAGUUUAGGAAUUUGUUACAAUAUCAAUAUCUAAUUUUUUAAACAAUAAUAAUAUAUAAACCAUUGGUGAUAAUUGAAAUAGGAAAUUAACUUAAGUUUUUUUUUUUCAUUGAUUAAUCAACUAAGUUUAAUUUGUUUGUUCAUGCUUUAAUAUUUUUGUAUUCCUCUCAAAUGAGAUUCGGAAAAAGUUCUUGUUUGUUUGCAGUGCCUAGAAUUUGAUAUUUUUCUGAAACAGUAUAAUAAAAGCGUCUGUUAUACGUACGACAUGUCCACCGAUACACUAUUCUUAAUGAAAAACUGAGAGUAUACAUCUGUAAAAACUGACUAACCUCCCAAUCAAAUUUCCAUGGAAUCUAUCCAGAGAACAAACCUCUGCCUACUGGUUAGCCCCUUGAACAUCUUGUUAACAUCUUAUUGUCUACAACAACAGGGAACUUUUCUCCAUACUCUUUACCCAUUUAAUUUACAUUUUUUUCGCUAUGCUAUUAGUAAAAGUUCCUUCCAAUGAAAUAUGAAUACAUAAACAACCCGCUAUAUAUUUCCUUGUUAUCAUAAUAAGACUUGGACUGAAAGAUGCAUUCUUUGAUUAACCAGCCAUGUAUUAUACAUAAUACAACUAUGUUCAAAACUCGCAAAACCGUACAGCACGAUAAACAACCAUCAACCCAUAAUAAGGACCUCCCAUAAAUUAUUGCAUCCCAUAGACCUUUGAUCGUUGAGAAACCUAUAUAAAUGAAGGGUGUACCAUGUGUCCAUCAAAAACUCAUGUAAUAUAUACCAAGAUAGACCACCCGAUUUCCUUUCUUGUACUUCCUUUGAGAUACUAUGUAUCCACAAAAACCUGGGACCUUUUAGUUUUUUUUUUUGCAACCUUUUGUUCCUUGUAUAUAUGACUCUACAUCCCGCUUAACGUGAACCCCAAGACCCCAUGAACACAUGUAAAGUGUUUAAUAGAAUAAGAAAAAAAGUACCAACCAUAGUGAAUCAAGUGAGAGAACUCUAUAUGCUUGUAAACACCAGAGCCACGAGAAAAGGUUAUAAGACCUAAACAGUCAUACUAAUCCUAACAUGUCAAAAGCCUACCAACCUUGUAUUAUCUACUUGAUAAAGCUGUAAUGACUUUACAAACUUUUGUGUUAAAAACCUCAAACAAAUAUCUAAUAAGCUCAAAAAGAAAUGAACAGAAAAAAAAAAACUCAAAAGAAACCAGAGAAUCCAGUUCAAUAUUCCAAAAC